GUGCGCUGCACACCGUGACACUGUUCAGUCGUCACGAUCAAGUGGUUGUUCAAACCACCUACAGAUGGAAUAUUCGUUUAAGGAGCUAAAAACUAGCUUAUUACUCCAGAGAAGUAAAUAAGACCACACUGACACUGCUUGUCUCGCCUAGCGAGCUGAAUUUGGCCAAGAUGGGCACGACGCGGUUACGUGACGUGCCCUGGUGGUCGGUUGCUGUGUGCCUGGUGCUGCUCGUAAGCAUCGGUGUCACCGCCGACGAUCAGGGAGACUACAACUCGCUUACGGAGUCGCGGCAGAACUACGUGGACGCUCAACAGAGAGAAGCUGCCCAGGGAGAAUAUGACCCUAUGACGUCACGCAUUGCGCCGUCAACUUCGGACGACAGGCCGUACGCCAUCAGUCAAGAACGGCUGCGAGAGAUCCGAGCUCGCUUGAUGUAUCCAUACUACGAUAUGGACAAUCAAGGCGGCAAAGGAGACCUGCAGGAAAAUAUCAACACACAUAACUCACAGAUCAACAAACAGCUCACCUUCCUCCUGCCAUUCUUCGGGUUUGGUCUCAACUAUACGUGGGUAUCUCUCAAUGGAUACUUGGGCUUUUCAAACGCCCCUUUCAGCUACGGUAGUUACCCACUAAAGUUCCCAGUCGCCGAAUGGCCGACUAUUCCGGACCCGUCUUUCAUCGGCCCGUUUUAUUCCAAGUGUCUCAUUGGACAACUAAAAUCUGGGGAACCUGAGCAGCAACAACCAGGAGUGUAUUGGAGACUGGAACGUGACCUUCCUACAAGAAACGAUCGCAUGGCCGUCGAAAUCUUCGAGAGGAUCAAGUGGGACAUCAGGACAGGCAUGGUGGGGGCCGAGAUUUUCAUCCCGAAGCACCUCAUCACGGUCACCUGGAAGAAUGUCACGUUCAGCGGCGGUUAUGCCAACUCAAACGCAAAAAGAGUCACUAACACCUUCCAACUGCUGGUGGUGACAGACGAGGUGCGCACCUACGCAGUGUUCAACUACGAGAAGAUGUCGUGGACGUCCCACACCGAGGCGGGCGGCUCGGCUGACGACGGUCAAGGCGGAACACCUGCUUACGUUGGCUUCAACGCAGGCAACGGCACCCGUUCAUUCGAGUACACCCCCUACAGCCAGAGUUUGUACAUCCGCGAUCUCGCGGUCGCCGGGCGCGCAAACGGCCUUCCUGGCCGCCAUAUUUUCCGUAUAGAUGAGGUCAUCCUUCCAGGGAGUUGUCGUCGAGAAGAAACCUUAAAGGAAUACCAGUUGACUUUCUCGCCGGAGCAAGCCAACAUGAUGGGUGGGACGAUUGUCAACAUCACAGGCCCGUGUUUUGAAACGAGUUACCGAGUGCAGUGUCAGUUCGACACGACCACCGUCGAGGGCCACGUGAUGGACUCAAACACGGCCGUAUGCAUCACACCUCGUCUCUUCGUAUCGGGCUACGUUUCGUUCUCUAUCUCGGUCAAUGGAGGCCCGUUUUAUUGGAAUGGAAGAUUUUUCAUUGAAACGCCACUGACUGCCACUGAAGGCAUUUGGUUCACAGACAAGUCGUACGAAAAUCAAAAGGUAGAAAGCUUUCAACUACAAUGGCUUUCUGGAAACUUGACUCAGCGAUAUGGAGCACAGACCACAGUUUCACUCUGGGGGUAUAGAGAGAGAAGCAUCACGCCGGAGAUCGUCUACAUCGGCGAUAUUAUAACAACAUCCAAUGAUAAUCGAGAGAAGGAUCCGGUGACCAUCGAUACCUCAGCUUUCAAGAACUUAGACUUGACCAGCGUCAUGGACUUCGAGAUGGGCUUGCUUAUGGCAAAUCUAACACAGAUAGAACCGAUAUACGGAUUGAACCAAUCACCUCAACUUUGGUCGCGUCCGAUUCCUCUGGCGUGGUACUUCAACAGUCAGUGGGAGCGAAGCUUUGGCACAAACUGGCCGAUCGCCAUGUGCGACAGAUGGAUCGAGGGCGACAGGAACCUCAGGAACUUUGCUUUUGAGGCUCCACGAUGCCCGUGCCUCUUGAAGCAGGCCAUCCAAGACAAAGGGAGAUUCUUGCCUGACUUUUCUUGCGAUGACUUCGGCAACGCUGAAUGCGCCUAUCACUUCGGUUCCAUCCACUGCGUUCGAUCUGCCCUUCCAAACAAGGAUGGCGCGGGGCAGCAGUGCUGCUACGACCGCGACGGUUACCUCAUGAUGACCGCGGACACCAUGUGGGGGGGCAACCCGCACAGGGCACACAACCUGGGCAAGACGCCCUUCAACGAGGCCAACAAGGUGCCGAGCUUGUCUCACUGGUACUACGACGUGAUCCCGUUCUACACUUGCUGCAAGUGGCAGAGCGAGCAGAGCCCAGGCUGCACCACCUACCGCUUCGAGCGACGAGCCUCACAGGACUGCGUCGGCUAUCAAGUGCCUACAGUCGCGACGGUAUUUGGCGACCCGCACUUCUACACUUUUGACGACACUCAGUUCACCUUCAACGGUAAAGGCGAGUAUGUUCUUACACGCGUGGACUCGGUGCGUCAUGUUCUGGACGUGCAAGGCCGCUUCGAGCAGAUCGACGAGAACUACCUCGGUGGAGCGAAGGCUACGAUGCUGACCGCCGUCGCGGCCCGGGACAACGUGUCGUCUGUGGUGGAAGUGAGACGGCGGCCGCUGGAUGCCAUCUGGCGGUAUCAUUUGGACGUGAUUGUUGAUGGUCGAAGAGUUUACUUCGACAAAUAUUCACUGAAAAUCCAGCAGUUCCGAGAAUGCAUCGUGUACACUCCGAGCAACAUCCUGAACCAGAGUCAAGUGAUCAUCAUGUUCUCAUCUGGUGCCGGCAUCGAAGUGCAAGAAAAUCAUGGUUUCUUGGGCAUGAGAGUCUUCCUUCCUUUAUCGUUUGCUAACGCAACGCGAGGCUUGUUCGGUAACUGGACGUUUGACCCCGAGGACGACUACGUGUUACCGGACGGAACGCAAGGGCCUUACUACGACACCAACAACUUCAAGACGAUACACGAGGAGUUCGGCCUAGAAUGGGUGCUGGAUGACAAGGAAGACGAGUACAAAGGUAAAAGUUUGUUCACUCACGACUUCACCCGAUCUAGUAACUACUACUACGACGCAGACUUCGUUCCGGAGUACAACAGGGAUCCUAAACUGAGCGACAACUCAACCACCGACCCACGGGAAGUGGAGCGCGUUUGUGGCGACUCCUACCAGUGCAACUUCGACUUCGUGACGACUCUUCGGCGCGACUUUGCUGUGAUGACUAAAUACUAUCAGGACCAGUUCGUCAAUAUCAAAGACUACGGACUACUGCCAGUGAUAUCUUGUGGAGCUCUGCCCACUCCUCCGCAUGGCAGGAAGUCCACGUUCAACUUCUUGAGCGGUGCUGAGGUGAAGUUCGACUGCGACCCUGGCUACGUUCUUCUGGGCGAGCAGAGGCGCUGGUGCUACGCGUCGGGUGACUGGAACUGGCCUGAGGAUGGAGAGGCCACGUGUGUCACCGAGCGUGAAUACAGAACCAUGCGGCAAGGUGUCGUGGCUGGCACAGUUCUGGCAGUUCUCGUGCCCGUCGUGAUUGCAAUCGUUUGCUUCGCAUGCCAUCUUCGUGUGUCUUACUUAGAAGAGAAGGAAGAAGAUCAGUUUAAUUACAUCGCCCCUCCUCGACGCCAGAGCCCAGUGCAGUCCGUGGUAUCGUCUACGGCCAAGAAAUCUUUCUCGAAUUCGACAGGCUCGAAAGCUUCAUCAGGUUAUCCAGCCAUUCAGAUGCAGGAUGCACCUGACGUCUCUUCAGUACCAUUGGAAACGGCUACUUUAGUUCAUGGUCGACCGAGGUUGCCUCCCUCCGCCCCGGUGCAGCAGGAGUAUGGGUCUGACAGCGAGGCAGAGAGAGAUGAUGACAGUGUCGCCGCAUCGUCGUUCGACGGAGACUAUGAUACGAACGAACCUCUGAACAAUCAACCCGUCAACUUCACGAACGUCUUGUGGGAAAUCCCACCUCGCCAAAAUUCUUCUACCGCUGAGAGCGUCGUUUAAGAUCUCCAUAUUUCCUUCCAAUCCUUUUACUGAUCAAAUGGAAGCCAAUCGAUGAUUCUGCUUCAUUGCUGGAGCUUGAUUACAAUCCUGAAGUUUUAUAAAGGAAGUAAUGCUGCCACAAGUUGAAAGCGCACUAGCAGUUCAGAAAAAAUUCGUUGUCUUUGGACAUAUAUCUGAUUAAUUUAGGCCUUUGGAUAUGAAUUAACAAUGAUCUCACUAUUAAAAAGCCAAAAUUUAUUCUGUCACGAAUGAUGAACCGCUUUAUAAAAACUCACUAUAGUUUUAUGAAAUUUAUCCUUCGUCUAUCUCUUAUUUGAGGCCAAAAAAUUGCAAAGAUAUCUUAUAUUUUCCCCGUGAAUUAUUAUGUUUAGACUGCAACAUUAAGAACAUUUUCGAAGAAUAGCGAUCGAAAACGUAGCUUCUUUAAUUUACUGUAAUUUAAUUAAUGAUUAAUUUUAUUAGAUUUAGUUUUUAGCGCACAGUACGCACUUUUGAUUCUCUCUAAUAAUGAUUGAAAACUACGAAAACAAUAAAAUGUGAAUACAACUAAAUUGACUAUUAGGAUAAAACAAAACCGACCAUGAGAUUUUGAUUCAACCUCUUGACUACUAACCGCUCGACGAUAUGUGUUCAAUAGAGGAUAUGUGUGAGAAUAUCUGUUGCUCUGGAGGCUAUUUUUAAUAACUGUUUCAUGAAAGUAGCAUUAUAAGCUAUGUUGUUUGACGUAUGAAAAACAACAAGAUCAAUCAAGAAAUAAAUCUGGCGUGACGAUUAUAUGAGAGAAUAGCUCCAUGAUCUACAAUUUUCCACCUACUUCAUUGAUGUUCUGUUCCUAAAUUUUAGAUUUUUGAGUAAUAAAUUCUAUAAGAA